AUGGCAAAUGAAUUUAAAGAUCAUAUUAAAGCAUUUAUCGAUUCAUUGAAUGAAAAUUCACUAGAAAUUCAUUAUCAAGGAUUUGAUUUUUCAAAUGUAAGUGAUAGUCGAACACAAUUGACAAAAUUGAAUUAUGAUAAAAACAAAGUAUCCGUUCUUAAUCUUGAAAUGAUCGCAGAUAUGUUUCAAGUAUAUACUGCUGUUCAUAGUGCUGCUGAACAACAUUCAUCUAGAGAUUUCGGUGUUGAAGUCCCACAUCACUUGUCAAAUACAAAAUCGAUUGGUGACUCAUUACGUACUUUUGGUGGUUACGGUAAACCAUAUGUACUUGUUGUUUCAAUUUAUGAUCGAUUCCAAAGUGAAGAAUUAUUUGGCAAGAUUGCCAGCAUUGAAAAUGUAACGAAAAUGACUAAUGAACAAAUGCAACAAUGUAUGAAGAAUAAUUUCGAUAAUAUUCGACGAUAUUAUUUUGGAACGACAAGUGAUCAAGAACAAGCUACCUGUGAAAAUCCAAUCGAUGAAAUUGUUACUAAAAUGGUUGCUUCAAAACACUUCUGA